CAUCAUCUUGCCUGAGUCGGGGACCAGUGACUUGAAGUGCAAACUCUUUCUUGGCAGAAGCAGGUCUCUCUGGAGCCGGAUGGCCCAGGAGCUCAGCGAGAAGGAGCUCCUGAAGAUGGAGGUAGAACAGCUGAGGAAGGAAGUCAAGAACCCAAGGAGUCUGAUUUCCAAGACGGGAAAGGAAAUCAAGGAUUACGUGGAGGCUGAAGCAGGAAACGACCCUCUCCUCAAAGGCAUCCCUGAGGACAAGAAUCCCUUCAAGGAGAAAGGUGGCUGCACCCUAAGCUGAGGCCCCUGGAGGCCGCUCCACCCCGACCGUCUGUCCCUGCUCAACCCCGCUCUUCCCCAGGAACCCAGGGUCCCAGGGGUGGGGGGACACUCUCCACCCUCUCUCGGCCACAGCAGGAGGAGACCCCCAGCCCAUGCACUGGGGAGCCUUGCCCCACUCCUGCCCUUAGCUCUCCACCCCCACACCUGGGUCACUGCGGGCUCCCCUUGGAGGCUCUCGAGGACAGCUACUCUGGCUCAGCAGUCGUGGCACAUUCCAUGGUGGGGUGCGAAGAGCCCGCCACGCCCUGGGACCCCAGACAGCAUCCUUAGAGACGCUGACCCCUCCCUAUAGUCCUCCCGUCUUUCCCGCCACUCUCUUCCUAGGAACCAGCAUUCCUAUUCAUAGUCGUUUGGUGGAGGGCCAGAGUCGGGGGGCCCUUCUUCCCCAUCUUAUGUCUAACCCUGUGGUCUUCUUCCUAGUCACUUAGAUCGCCCCAGAGGGCCUGAGGACAAAAAGAGUUUGUGACGUCAUGAGGUCACAAAUGUUUUAAUGUUUUAUUUAAUGUUGUGGGGUGUCUGUUCCGUGCUGGGCACUGGGGAGGGCAGAGUAGCAGUGCUGACACGGCGGGAACAGAGUUGGCAGUGAGGUCAGUAAGCGCUUCUGUGCAGAAAGGACCAUCAGUGGCGUGGGCCACACGGCAGACAGACACCCAGGGCCAUGGGCAAGGUCCGAGGGAACUGUUGCAGGCCAGCGGGCCGUGGGGAGGAACGGGGCACACAGAGGCCCAAGAGGGAGAUGCGCGAAGCCUUAAAGGACCCCCGUGAACUCAGUUAAGAACUGAGUUCUCCACCUGCUGCGACAGGCAUGAAGCGGCCAAGGGACAGGAUUUGAUGAGCAGGAGGGAGGCUGGCUCCUGGCUAAGGAGGACACGGAUUCCUGGGCCUUGUCAGCAAGGAGAUUAUAGUCUUAUGGAACCACAGAAGUGAUGAGGACGCAGAAGGCAAGGGCAAGCUGAGAACAGGGCAUAAGCUGACACCCCGUAACCCCGCACCGCCCUCCCCCAGGUGGGAUCUGUGUGACAUUCCCGCUGCCCUAAAGCAAAGGAAAGGAAAAACAAAUAGUUACCUUCUUAGGGAUCACAGCCCUGCAAGAUAGGAGUCUCCCUUGGUUUACAAAUAUCUUAGCGAUUUACCAG